UAUUUUUUGUUUUUAGUUCGUUUUAUUUUUACAUUAAAAAUAUUUAGAAUGAGUAGUAGCUAUCAUUCACAAGAUUUAAGUGAGCCAAGUGAAAAUUCUGGUGAUGAUGGUUUUAGUGAAUUACGUGAUAUUAUUGAUGAAAUGGGUUACAGCAUUGAAAAUGAUGAAUUAUGUGAACUUGAAAAAGAUCUUCGAUUAAUUGAAGAAAAUGUUGACAUUUCUGAUACUCGACUAUUUUCUUGUUUCUUAGGGGGGCUUGAUGGUUCUGCUAUUUUCGAUCAAAGUUUAUUUCAUCUUUCUUCUGAUUUGGCUGCUCCAAUUCCAAGAGGACAAAAGUCCUCUGAAGAAUUACCUCCUGGAUUUAAAGAAUUGUUAGAUUAUGGUCAAGAGCGUUUAGAUGAAAUAGUUGCAGACAUUAAAAAAUAUGAAAGAUUGAUUGAAGAAGGUGAGAGGAUUCCUGAAGAGUUUAGACAACAGGAAGGUGUUCAAGAAAGUGUUCAACAACAGCAAGAACCUUCGCCUUCAAGAACAGAGGUUAUUAAUCAAGAGAAGGAAAAUAAACGUCCAGAGCAAACACGUAAAGCAGCACUUGAUCCAAAAGAAGAGAAUAAAUUAAUUAAUCAAUUUCUUCGAGCAAAUGCUCUUCGUCCAAUUCAAUGUCCAGAACCAGGCCGAGCACCUUUUAAACAUUGCCAACAACUUAAGUUACAACAAUAUCGUUCUGAAUGGGAAAAACAGCCUCCCCCGGGAGAGCAAAAACGAUUGGCUUUGCGUUGGAGAAUUCGUGAAAUUAUGUUGAGGAGAGAUAUUCCACAGCUAUGUUUCGUUGAAGAAGAGCGGAACAAUAAUAAUGGUAAAAGACAAAAAGUUUUACCCGAAUGGAAGCCAUAA